AUGACAAUUAAAGAAGCACCCGAGCCACAAUCCUGCGAUGGAAUCCCCACGCAAAGCGACGUUUCCGCCCAACAAGCCGAAGCAAAGAACACCCUCGCCACCUCCAUCCCUCCUUCCCUCUCAGACACGGCAUCGACGAUAGUUGCCCAAAGGUCACAUACAACACCUGUAUUACAGCCCGCCAAGCUCUCUACGCAGACGAAAGUUGCGAUUCCGCGCCAGCGGGCUGGGAUUGCCCCGCGAUAUAAUCGCCGGGUUCCGAGGGCUUGUGAAUCGUGCCGACAGCGCAAGACGAAAUGCAGUGGCGAUACUCCUGUCUGUCGGCAAUGUCGGGAGUUAAGAGCUACUUGUAAUUAUCCGCAGGGCUGGAGGGAAAGGACAAAAAAACAAGUGGAAAAACUUUCGGAGAAGGCGCAAGAGUAUGAGACUAUGCUGAAGGAACUGGGGAUGAUUGUUGAGACCCGUGCUGCGGACCGGAUCAGGAACUUGCUGGACAAGUCGCAAUCAGCAACACCUCAAGAUGAUGUGGUCCCAGAAAAUGAUGAACCCUCUUCGCCUUCGUCGAUUGGAUCCCUUGAAGCCAUUGAUCGAGUAGAAGAGGAUCAUAACCGUUCGGAACAAACCAGGGCAACUGGUUAUAUGGGAAAGAAUUCCGAAAUUACCUGGAUGCAACGCCUACAGAGAGAAGCGGACCAACGCGCCCAAGGUCUACCGGGAAGCCUGGAGCCUGGCGUGGAUCGAAAAGCUGACGACCAAUUAUCCCUCCAUGCGGUUAACUAUCACCUCGACGAUAUGGAUAUAUCCGUACCCGGACCAGUGCAAUUAUACGCGAUGCCCUCCCGUGAGAUUGCUGAUCAUCUGUUCGAUUGCUAUCUGACCACAGUGCACCCAUUCUACCCCAUUAUCAACAGACCACUCUUCCAGGCGCAAUACAAGACAUUUUUCGAAAGUGCUGCUCGGCCCGGUGACAAGUGGCUUGCUAUUCUGAAUAUGAUCUUUGCCAUUGGAGCUAAACACUCUCAACUUAUCGAUGCACCCUGGCGUGCAGGAGAAGACCCGAAGGAUCAUUUGAUGUAUCUCACCCGAGCUAGGAUCCUAAGUAUGAAUGGGGAUGUUCUGUUCAGCCACCCUGAUCUCCAGCAGGUGCAAGUGGAGGGCUUGAUUGCCUUUUAUCUUCUUGCGUCUGAUCAAAUCAAUCGUGCAUGGAGAAUUUCAGCUUUGGCAGUUCGGUCAGCUAUCACGCUUGGAAUUAACAUGAAGAGCAGUAGCCCAACUACACCAGACCUUUCAAAAGAAGCUCGCUACCGGGUCUGGUGGUGUUUAUACACAUUCGAACACAUGCUAGGUAUAAUGACCGGCCGGUCCACGUGUAUUCAAGAUGGAGUGUGCACCUCGCCUUUCCCUGUUCCAUUCGAGGAGGAUCAAUUGCACGAGCCGGCGGCUGCGGAAGUACUUACCAACACAACUUUACGAGACGAACGUAUCAACAAUGUCGUGGCAAGUGUUUGGGUCAGGCAGAUGCCGCUCAACCCAGCGAAUGGCAAAGAGGCCUUUCACCACUCAGCGGCACGAGAUACGACGUGGCUUAAGAAUCAGCCUCUCAGCUACGGACUCUGCUAUCUCUACUACUGCGAUUUGGCAGUCGUCGUGCAAGAAAUCGUCAACAAAGUCUAUUCAGUAGACUGCGUAAUGGUUCCAUGGGCACAUAUCGAGAACCGCAUUGGAGAACUCAGAUGCAGAACCGAAAUGUGGCAUGCCAGCCUUCCAUCCGGGCUUGAUUUCACACAAAAGGGAGAAGAUAGUGCCGAUGUGCUUCGAUGCAAGCUCACAUUGGCGCUUCAUUACUACAGUGGACGGAUUACCCUCGGCCGUCCCUGUCUCUGUCGACGUGAUGCAAGCCAGAAAGACAAAGCAGGCAAAUCUACCUUUAGCCACGAGAUGGCCGUGAUAACCCUCGAAUCUGCAUGCCACAUGCUCGACCUUAUCCCCGACGAACCAGAUGCCAUUCAACUAUACCAGAUCUGCCCAUGGUGGUACAUCCUCCACUACCUUAUGCAAGCAGCAACAGUCCUUCUCCUCGAGUUAUCAUUCGGCGUUGUCCACAUGCCAAACGAAGAACAAAAUUUCAUCGCGCUCUCCAAAAAAGCCACCCGCUGGCUCUUCGCAAUGUCAAAACACAGCAUCGCCUCAGGACGCGCCUGGCAACUCUGCGAUCUAAGUCUUCGGAAACUAGCUCAGGGCAUGAAAUACGACGUCAGCGACAUGCCUUCAUACCCAUACCCCUCAGAAGACAUCAAAACCGCCGGCAUCGGUCCCCAGGUCACCGGCCUCUCCGGCCCCAAUUCUGUCCAGGAUUAUUGGGGUCCCCAGCUGGAACACUUCCCCAAUUCUGUCCCGCAGGAAACUCCUGGCCAGGAUCACUACUACCCUAACAUGUCCUCUGCAGACUUGUUGUCUUCGUUGGCGGCUGAGACUCAGGAUUCAUAUUUCCCUUAUGAUCCUAUCAGCGGCGAAUUCAUGCGAUCUUUCUUCCCGCAUGCUAGCGAGAAUGGAUGGGAGCAGAUUUGA